UUCUCAGUUAAGUUUUUCAAUAGUAACCUUCUGGUUCUUAUAGCAUCCUCUACUUACUAUCUUACAGAGAUCUCAGCUUCAACAGAUUGGAAGGAAAUUUUCCUAAUGUUGAAGCUAUGGUUCUGGAUCCAGACGAUUUGCAGUACAUAUAUCUGACAAGCAACUUACUCAAUGGUUCUAUUCCAGAAUGGAUUAAGUCCAAAGAUAACCGCUACCAGAUAGAUGUUUCUUACAAUAAUUUUUCCAAGGACUCUGAGCCAUCUACAUGCAGUGAAUACCUGAACGUUUUUAAAAGCGCUUCUUCACCCAACAACUCAUUAUCUGAAGCGUGCUGGGAUAACCAUCCAUGUAAAGAAGUUCAAUACUCAUUACAUAUAAAUUGUGGUGGACGAGAAAUCACAAUAAGAGGAGUCAAAUACGAAGAUGAUAGAGAUCUAGGAGGAGGAGCAAAAUUUGUUCCAGUGAGACCUAAUUGGGGAACCAGUAGCACCGGAGUUUUCUGGGAUACUAAUAUCACAUCUGAAGACUACAUAGCAAAUAAUGUAUCAGCACUUGGAAUGGAAAACUCUCAGUUGUACACAAAUGCACGCCUCACUCCUCUUUCUCUCACAUAUUAUGCAAACUGCUUAGGAGAUGGAAAUUACACUGUGAAACUUCACUUUGCGGAGAUAAUAAUCCGAGGCAAUAGAUCUUAUCGAAGUGUUGGAAGACGGAUAUUUGAUGUAUAUAUUCAGGAGAAACUCGUAUGGAAGGAUUUUGAUAUUGUAAAGGAAGCAAAAGGUGUUGAUAAAGAAGUCAUUAAAGAGACAAAGGCCGUUCAGGUUAAAAAUAAAACGCUAGAGAUUCGGUUUCACUGGUCUGGGAAAGGGACAACAGCUUCCCCAAGGAGAGGAAUAUACGGUCCCCUUAUAUCAGCCAUUUCUGUAGAGUCUGAGUUCAAGCAUUCCAAAAGAGAUAUGCGUAUUGUGGUUGGAAUUUCAGUUGGAGCUUCGAUUGUGUGCCUUUCAUUCUUAAUUUGCGGUAUUCUCUGUUGGAAAGGUUGUCUGAUGGAUAGCCAACCAUCAAGGGAAGAAGUUUUGAAAGGACUGGAUCUGCAGACUGGCCUUUUCACUUUGAGGCAAAUUAAAGCUGCGACUAAUAACUUUGAUCCAUUAAACAAAAUUGGAGAAGGUGGUUUUGGGCCCGUCUACAAGGGUAUACUAUUGGAUGGUACUAUAAUUGCAGUUAAGCAACUAUCCUCAAAAUCGAAGCAGGGAAAUCGUGAGUUUGUGAAUGAAAUAGGCUUGAUCUCUUGUUUGCAGCAUCCAAAUCUGGUUAAAAUGUAUGGAUGUUGUAUUGAAGGAAACCAGUUAUUGUUGGUCUAUGAGUACUUGGAAAACAAUAGCCUUGCUCGCGCUUUGUACGGUCCAGAUGAUGAUUCCUUAAACUUGGAUUGGCCUACAAGGCAUAAAAUAUGCCUAGGUAUAGCAAAAGGUCUGGCUUAUUUGCAUGAGGAAUCGGCAGUGAAGGUUGUACAUAGAGACAUCAAAACUACGAAUGUGUUACUGGACCAAGACCUCAAUGCUAAGAUUUCAGACUUUGGUUUGGCCAGACUUGACGAAGACGAGAACACUCACAUUAGCACCAAGACGAUUGCUGGAACUAUAGGAUACAUGGCACCUGAAUAUGCUCUCUGGGGCUGUCUGACCUAUAAAACAGAUGUCUACAGUUUUGGGAUUGUUGCAUUAGAAACUGUUGCAGGAAAGAACAUGAAAUAUCGACCCGAUGAGAACAUUCAAUGUCUUCUGGACUGGGCCCUUGUUUUGCAACGGGAAGGGAACUUACUGGAGCUUGUGGAUCCGAGGUUGGGGUCCGAUUUCAAUAAAAAAGAGGCAAUUAGAACUAUCAAAGUAGCUCUACUAUGUGCCAAUCCAACAGCUGCACUUAGGCCUAUCAUGUCUGCCGUAGUGAGUAUGCUUAAAGGGCGGACCGCCAUUGAUGAACCGGCUCUUGAUCAGAGUAUCCACGGUGAUGAUAUGACGAGGUUAAGAGCCUUUGAAAACUUGUCUGAGCAGAAUGCACAGGGAAGAUCCUCAAAUGGAAGUCGUAGUCUCAUUCGUUCCUCAGAUGCACCUUGGAGCGGUUCUUCUAAUAUUACUACGUCUGCAGAUCUCUAUAAAGUUUAUUCAUUCUAAGUUGAACGAAACCAUCAUGUCACAUCGCGUUUUGGUAUUAGAACAUUAUUCCUAUUAUGUUAGUCCUUCUUCUUUGCAACCUAGCACGUCGUAUGGGACUCCAUAGUCUAUGUCU